CCACCGCCACUACCACUCAAUCAUGUCGUGUUAUCACACAUGUCGACCCUUCGUAACCUACAAUGCACUACAUCUAUUGGUUGGUUCACUUCUAGGCUUCUCUUCUUAUCCUGCUUGCGAUCACACAUAAACUUGCAAGAGGUAUCUCUCUUUUUAUCCUUUUAGUUUGUGAUCACAUACCAUUCCCCUACUUCAAAUUCAUUGCACCCAUACACUGUCCUUUGAAUUCGGUUUCAUUCAAAUGGAAACUUUAAUCGAUCCCACAAAAUCAUAGCAAAUCACCCCAAUCGUUUCCUUCCUAUCUAAAAUUGAAACCCUAGACAAUCCCCUAUCACACGUAUGUUUUCUUUCAUAUCUCGCGUACAAAUCUACUACACUUUUUCUUCCCAUCUCCUCGGCACUAUUCUUCAUCCCUCUAUCUUCCUCUUAAUCGAUUCAUGUAACUGAUUUAGAUAGAGAAAUCUCGAUUUAUAUUAAAUUAUCAAAGUUUACUAAAUCGAUCAGAGGUUGGGUGAAGUUUAGAACAUUCAAAAUUGGCGAAUAAUGAUUCCUUCAAAAUGUGAAAUGGCAUUUGAUCGCUCCUCUCUUGUUCUCUCUCUCACUACAUUUUUCUCCAAAACCCUACACUUCACCGUCACUGGGAUCAAAUUUGAAGAAGAAAAUGAUUUGCAGGGUGCUAAAUCGUUGAAGAUGGACUUGGACACCUCUAUUGUUGUUUUUUCUCUAUAAAUCUCAAACUCAUGUCUUCUUUUUUAUAACAGGGGAACCUAAGGUGUUACUAUAUGUUCUUUUCGUUCAGUAUACCAUACAGGCAGUCAAAGUGAAGGAAAAAGUUUUAAAUUGAUAUUUUGUUACUGUUGUUUAUAAAAUACAUGGUUGUGAUUUUUUUCGUAUAACAUGGUUGUGAUUUUUAGGUCCAAAUAAAAAUUAUGUUCAGACCAAGAAGUGACUAGCACCAUAUUUACUUCAGUUGAAGGAGAUUGAAGCCAAAGUUCUAACAUUUAUGUGAAUUUAUGAUAAAGGCUGAAGAAAAGAUAGUUCGAUGUUGUUCAAUUUGCUAAAUUGAAGGACAAAUGAAAUUUGUUCAUCGUUGCAGACUUGCUACUAGAGGUGGGACUCCGUCUAGGCUUGAUUUAGGGUUGGGAUGACACCUCUUUGAUCUGAUUUUGGCAAGGAACAUGUAACCCACAUUUAUUGUUGCCUCCUUUCUAAAAAAUGUAUCGCAAGAAAACCCAAACGGAUCACCACUAUAUGUUUGUUUGUAUCGAUAAAUCUGUAUGUGUGUGUAUUUCUUUGAUCCUUCAGAUUUGGAUCUCUAGUGGGUUACAUUUCAUGUUUUCAAAUUUGGAUCUACAAAUGAAGGGUUACCAGACAAAACUGGAGUGUUUGUUACACUUAUGGAAAACUCUUUUCCGAUUUGGCUGUUCGGCAUUGCAUUUAUUGUGUAGUGAAUGUCAAUGGCAAUGGUGAAAACUCAUCUUAAUAAUUGCAACCAAACUUAUUCAUGUGGUUAAGAUGAAUGUUAUCACAAGUGAUUCAAGGCAAUGAUGAUUGGUGUUGAUAUGAAGUCACAUUACACUGAGAGAUUAAAGAGAUGUAGAUCACUAGUGUAAAUAAAUGUAAGUUCCAUUUAUGCUUAUGUUUUUGUAUUGACGAUGACAUCCCAAACAUUUUAAAAUGAAUCAAAUACGUUUCUUCGAAAAUAUUUUGAUAACGUAUUUAUCGUGUUUUUCUGGGAACAAGUUCCACAACAUUUUUAUGAAAAUAAGUACUCUGAUCUUUACAAAGCAUAAAGAAAAUCAGUCUUUUAUGGCCGUGAAAAAUGGGGAUGUCACAGCCAGAUCGACCAAUAUCCCAUUCUAGUUGACGAGGUGUCCUAGGAACUGGACCUCCCGUAACCAGAAAUCACACUUGGAGAAUUUGGCGUAAAGCCUCUCCGAUCUUAGAACUCCGAGGAUCUCCCUCAAAUGCUCCUCAUGCUGCUCUUUGGAUCUCGAAUACACCAAUAUAUCAUCAAUGAACAUGAUCACCGAAUGAUCCAACAUCGGCCUGCACACCCUGUUCAUGAGAUCCAUGAAUGCUGCCGAUGCAUUGGUGAACCCGAAAGGCAUCACCACGAACUCGUAAUGCUCAUAACGAGUCCUGAACGCUGUCUUCUGGAUAUCCUCAUCACGCACUCUCAUCUGAUGAUAUCCAGACCUCAGAUCAAUCUUGGAGAACCAAGACGCUCCCUGCAACUGAUCGAACAAAUCUUCGAUCCUCGGUAAGGGGUAAUGGUUCUUGACCGUUAGCUUGUUCAACUCCCGGUAAUCUAUGCACAUCCGGUGUGAACCGUCCUUUUUCUUCACAAAAAGGAUCGAUGCUCCCCACGACGAACUACUCGGCCGAAUAAACCCCUUCCCCAGCAGCUCCUACAGCUGUGAGGAUAACUCUUGCAUCUCUGGUGGUGCAAGGCGAUAGGGCGCCUUAGCGAUAGGCAUUGCCCCCAGAACCAAAUUGAUACGAAAACUCUACUUGCCUCUCGGGAGGCACUCCCGGCAACUCCUCGGGGAAAACGUCCAGGAACUCACGCACUAUCGGAACCUCAUCGAUCGACCUUGGCCUCUCUACAUCUACUCUCGUAUCCACCACAUAGGCCACAAACCCACUACAACCCUGCUGUAGGCUCUGCCUCGCUCUAGCGGUCGAACAAAAUGCUAACCCGGAACGAGUACCCUCGCCAUAAACCGUAAGAACUCCCCUACUAGGGUCUCGUAUGGUCACCAGUUGUCGCUCGCAGUCGAUAACCGCUCCAAACCUGCUCAACCAGUCCAUGCCCACGAUGACACAGACAUCUCCCAUCGCAAUCGGGACCAAAUCAAUCGGAAACUCAACACCAAAGAUCUCGAGUGUACCUCCUCGAAUCACAUCUGUAGCAUACACCGCUCUCUCGUUAGCUAUGGAAACUCGUAAAGGCCGACUCAACGCCUCCCGACAGAUACUGAUGUGCUGACUAAAGGCUAACGACACAAAAGACCGACUCGCACCCGAGUCAAAUAACACCAAAGCAGGUACAGAACUCACAAGAAAUGUACCUACACAUAUCAUAAUAUAAGCAAAAUACCUCAAACUCAAAAUAAUUAGAUGAAAGAAUACAUACCAGUCACAACAUCGGGCGCUGCGCGGACCUCCUCCGCUGUCAACUGGAAGGCUCUCCCGCGAGCCUUUGGCGCCUCGGCAUUCACCGGCCGACUCUCGGUAGCUCGUACAGUAGCAGGGGCAGAUCCCUGUGAUGCUCCCUGUACUGACCCUCGCAACUGCGGACACUCGGCCUUCCGGUGUCCGGUCUGGUUGCAGUGAAAACAGACUGCAAACCCCUUGGGGGAAUCCUUGGCCAUGUGCCCCUCCUUGCCACACUUGUAGCAAGACCCUGCUCUGCAAAUCCCCUCGUGACCCUUGUCACACUUGCCACAAAUGCGGCCCUUCUGGUUCCCUGAUCUCGAAUAGGCGGGCUUGGCCCGCUUGGCUGCCGGCUGGGACUAUGUCGGUCGCCGAUCCCUCCCCUGAGACUCUGCCUCCUCCCUGGCCUGAGUCUCGAGCUCAAUCUCCCUCUUCCGGGAUUUGCCUGAAGCUCGACAAAUGUCCAGUAUGAUGAGUUCUCCAUGAACUCACGGAUGUCUCUCCUCAAAAUGCUCAAAUACCGACUCAUGCGUGUCUGCUCGGAAGACACGUGCUCAGGGCAGAAAAUCGCCCUCUCAUGGAGCAUCCUAGUGAUCACUGUAACAGACUCGGUACCUUGCUUGAGGGUCAAGAACUCGUGGGCCAAACAUUACCUUUCCACCGGGGGGAUGUACUCAUCAUGAAACAUAGCGGUGAACCUCUCCCGGGUCACCGCGGCAAGCUCUGCAGAAGAAUAGUGCGUUGUCACAAACUUCCACCAGUCCUUCGCUCCCAGACGAAGCUGGUUCAGCGCGAACCGAACUCUCAGAUGCUUCAGACAAGAACACGUAUAAAAGCAUCCCUCGAUGUCAGAAACCCAUCUCAUCGCAGUAAUCGGAUCCUGCGUUCCAUCAAGCUUUGGUGGCUUCGUGUUGCUGAACUCCCGGAACAGCAACGAAUCGCCACCCUAAGGUCUAGCAGCAGCAACAGCUGCAGCCUCAGUAACCGUUGCGUAUUUCUCAUCGAAAGUCUCAAUCAGGGUGGUCUUAAUAGACCCAAACAUCUCUGGUAUCUCUGCGCGGAUCACCGCAGCCAACUCCUCGUGGAUUAUCUGGCGGAGCUCCUCAUCACUCACUCCGUUGGUCUCAGGUUUGUGGCGUGUCCCAACCAUGAUGUCUCUGAAAUACAACACAAAAUAUCAGAGACUCGCUCGAGUAUGCACACAUUCGAUAUCCCAUUCCUACUCGAUCCCUGGUACCCUAAGGAUUCUUACUUGAGUUGCGCACUGAUCCGGUGUCUUCAGUUGGGGAUGAGCAUCGGAAGCAGGUACCCGCUUUUGGAACCGGAACCGUCUCGGAACUGCCGGUUCUGGAACUGGAACUGCCUUAAGCGGUUCCGGUUCCGGUUCCUAAAGUUAUGGAACAACCUUAAGCGGUUCCGGUUCCAAUUCUCAUUUUUUCGGAACCGCUGCCCGCUAGGUACCCGCCGAAACCGGUUUAUAUAUAUAUUAGUAUUUCAUAUAAAUAUGUGUGUGUUACUUAGACCGGUUUAG